CCGGGCGGUGACGUGUUUGCGGAGGAGCGCGAGCCCCCCGAGUGGUUGGCAGGCAGACGCUGGCCGGGCGAGCAGCUGGGGCGGUGCGAGGUCCCGGUGGGCUCCGGGAGCAUGAGUUUGUUUCGGGUUUUAAAAACAUGAAGGGCGACAAUUACAAAACAGGAAUCAUCUCCUCUUAGACUGAACCGAGACCGAGGUGUGCAGGAUGGGGGACAGGGCUGCUGUGACCCCCUCAGCCAGCAUCACCCCAGUACAGCAGAUGCUGGCCUCUGGGACUGGGGCCCUCUUCACAUCCCUGUUCGUCACACCACUGGAUGUAGUCAAGAUAAGACUGCAAGCCCAGAGGACACCAUUCUAUCAAGCUUUGGCUGUAGAAUCAGUGCCCUGGAGCAAUGUUAUUCGUCAAUCUAAGUGGAAAUGUUUCCUGUAUUGUAAUGGCUUGAUGGACCACCUCUAUGUGUGCCGGAAUGGAGCCAGCUGUGUCAGCUGGUACAAGACCCCCACACACUUCCGAGGGACCCUGGACGCCUUUGUGAAGAUCACGCGCUACGAGGGGAUCCGGUCCCUGUGGAGCGGACUGCCACCCACACUGGUGAUGGCAGUGCCCGCCACAGUGAUCUACUUCACCUGCUACGACCAGCUGAGGGACUUCCUCCGGUAUGGCAUGGGGUACCAAGGCAGCCACGUGCCCCUCGUCGCAGGGGGGCUUGCCAGAUUGGGCGCCGUCACUGUGAUCAGCCCUCUGGAGCUGGUCCGGACCAAGAUGCAGUCCAGGCAGCUGUCGUACCGAGAGCUGGGGGUCUGUAUCCAGUCGGCGGUGGCCCAGGAUGGCUGGCUCUCCCUCUGGAGGGGCUGGGGGCCCACUAUACUCAGGGAUGUGCCCUUCUCAGCCCUUUAUUGGUUCAACUACGAGCUAGUUAAAGCCCAGCUGUGCAAGGGCUACAGAGUUCAUGAAGCCACGUUCACAAUGAGCUUCUCCGCUGGGGCAGUUUCAGGCGCUGUGGCAGCUGUCAUGACGCUCCCCUUCGACGUGGUGAAGACCCGCCGGCAGAUCGAGCUGGGGGAGAUGGAGACGCUGCGAGCUGGAGCAAUGAAGCCGUCCUCCACCUGGCUCCUCAUGAACAGAAUCUGGGCAGAGGCUGGAUACCGUGGGCUCUUUGCAGGUUUCCUACCGCGGGUGAUCAAAGUUGCCCCGGCCUGUGCGGUUAUGAUCAGCACCUACGAAUUUGGAAAGGCCUUCUUCCAAAAACACAACCAGGAGCGGGACCUGCAGGGCCUGUGAGGCCUCGUUCCGGCCGCGCGCAAGCGGAGCAUCACGCACGCAGACGGCAGAAACGCACAAGCGGCCUCCACGAUCCAGGCAGUUUGAAACACCCCUAAUUCCUGACCGCAGCCCGUGUCCCUGUGUGAGCUCUUGCUAAUCUCCUCCAGAGAGCUACAGUACAUUUUAAGAGAAUUUCUAAUCCCAAACUAGUUUUUCAGGAAUUCCAAAGAUUCGUUAAAGGCAGAAAAUUCCUACUUUACAGAUGUUUUAUUGUGUGCAGGCUUAACCCCUCCAACCCCACUGGAUAGUGUAUUGCUGAGAGACUCUGUGCUGCAAUAGGAUUAUUGAUAUCCAUUGUUGGCUAUUAGUGUGUAGGGCUACUGCUUUUAACAAGCAGGUGAGCAUCAGAAAGAAAAUGCUUUCUUUUCUUUCCCCAACACAGAGUAUAACAUGCGGUCCUGCAUUGGAUAGACCGACCCCCCCCCCCCAUUCUGUUAAUACUUCUGCACGUUAGCUGUCACAGAUCUGUUUUUCAAACUCCCUGGCUCAGGUCGUUCUUGGCUGCUAGAUCAACCCUCCCCACCCAGAACCCAGAGGACCCCUUUUUUGAUUUUAGUCGCAUCAGCCGAGAAAUGUGCCUUUUUUUGGGGGGGGGUCACUGGCGCGGUCAGCCUUUAAGAGCCAGGACAGCAUUUUCCGUUUGCUUCUGCCGAACCGCACCACCUGCGGUGGGGUUUUGGAGGGGGAGUUGAAAAGUUGCCUUGGGUGGAUGGAGGAAACGGGGGGACAGACCUCAUCAGAACAGCCCCCUCAGCCUGGCUCGGGUCUGGGCAGUGUGCUUGCAGGAGGUCAUAGACUCUGUGAUGGACCCAUUCCCCACGUGCACGUGCUGCAGGCAGAGGACAGCGGACACGGCUUUAGGUAGUAACUCUUGCAAGAGCCUGGCCAGUGCAGAGGACUGUUGAGCCCUGUGGGUGCUCAGCCGCAGGCCAGGGUGAGGUGGGGUGGAAGACUGAAAUCACACAGGCAUGCUGCAUUUCUCCUUGUAAAGCAAGAAUGAGGCAGAGACCUUGCACCAGGUAAGUUCACAUUUCAGGCUUGGGGGACAAAAAAAGGGACUUGCAUGGAUUUAGGAGUGGGGAAAAAAAAACAGAUCAGUAAGGUCACACAAGGCCUUUUCAGUUGUGUUGCACCUUCUGUGUUUUUGUUUUCCUGUUUAAUUUUCCCGGGAUUAGUUCAUCUAUAUCACUGCUGCCAAGUCUCAUUGCCCACUAGCCAUAAAGCCAGGGAAAAGCCCAAAACGCUUUCAGCUGGACUUGCUGUGUGACAGUUUGUGGGACCUAAUAGUAGCUCACAUUCCAUGCAACUCUUUCCUCUGUCCUUUCAGCAGAACAGGUAGUCCAGCAUGUAGAGGGCGGAGUAUUUAAACCUGUUUGCCGCUGAGCUCGACCUAGCAGUAAAACAAACACGACUGGUUUGAUACUCACCGCCUCCUUCAGUAUGUGUAGCACAGCCUUGAGGGAAGUGGGACGGCGUCAUUGAUGAAGAGCCAGGCCAGAGCACGUACCUGAUGAAGCCUGCACGGGCCGUGCGCCUGUAUGGCAGUAAGCCUUCGAAAGGGCUGAGCUGGAAAGGGUUGCAAAACCAGCAAACGACAAGCUGUAAAAACGGGGAACAGGCAGGGUCUUGCAAGGCCGAAUGUCACUGCCAUAGCUGUAAUCGGAGGUAGUGACCACUCAGAUGCACAUCAGUUUUACUCGGCUUCUGAUCACAUGGGAUAAACACUCUACUGUGAAACUGCAAUAACUUUCACUCGAUUGUAAUACUAGUGUUUUGAUAAGCUAGAGGUAACGGCUUGUAGCCCUCGGCACCUACUUCACUCUUUACCAAACUCUAUAUACGUCACCUUCAACUAGAAUCCUCUACAGGUUUUAGCAGACAUCAGUAUGUCAAUGUGUGCACCGGUGCAUAGUAUGUUGCAUUUGUGCUACGUUCUUCAUUUCAGACUAGUUUUUAAAAAGUUGGCCUACAAAACUACAUUAGAUCAAAUCCAGAUGGGUAUUAGUGCAUUUUCUAGCAUUUAAUAAAAUUCAAAACACAAUUAUGUUUGAAGAAAGUGCUUCAGUUUUCCUCUUUCCUCUGUGUCUAUAAGACACAGCAUGUUCUGAUUGGCUUGCAAUCAGGUUCUCAUUGAAUUGUAGACUGUGAAUUUUCUCUUAAUGGGGUUGGAAAUACACUUGGUGGUUGUAUUUGUUUGUCAGAACGUUUUCUGUUCAGUUUAUACUUUUUAUGUUUCCAAUACUUUGUACUUUACCAUUACCUGAAUGUAAGAAGCAAAGAUUAAUAAACACUUUAUUUGAUCUGUA